ACUAUUCCAGCUUCGGUUAAGGGUUUCAGCGAUUUUCUUGAAUUAUACAUUGACCCAUUUGUCUCCCUUUCAAAUGAAACAAACCCAUUAGUUGGUCAGCAAGCCACAAACUUUGCAAAAGCUUUCCAAUUCCAAGCUAAACUGAUUAAAGCUGCCACAAAAUCUAAGAAACCUGAUUUCAGUAACCCAAACAUUGUUGCGCUUUUGAAACCAUUACAAGAUGACGUUGCACAAAUCAAUCAAUUCAAAGAUGAUAACCGUUCCUCUGAAGUGUUUUCACAUUUGAAUGCUAUUGCUGAAGGUACUGGUGUUUUAAGUUGGUUCUUGACAGAAACUCCUGUUUCUUUCAUUCCAGAUAUCAAAGAUUCUGCUACGUUCUGGACAAAUAAAGUUUUGAAACAAUUUAAAGAAUUAGACCAAAGUCAUGUUGAAUGGGUCAAACAGUUCCUGGGUAUUUUUGAUGGUUUAAAACUAUAUGUUAAACAGUACCAUACUGAAGGUUUAUCUUGGAAUUCAAGUGGCGAUAAUGAUAUUUCAUCAUCUGUACAAUCUGAAAAAUCAGUUCCAGUACCAUCUGCUGCACCAUCUGCUGGUGGUCCACCUCCUCCACCUCCUCCACCGCCUGCUGACAUCUUUGCUGAUGAUGGUGCUAAGGGUUCUUCUAAUGCUGUUCCUCCUCCUUCAGGUGGACUAGAUGCUGUCUUUAGUGAAUUAAACAAAGGUGAAGGCAUCACAAAAGGUUUGAAAAAAGUUGAGAAAUCUCAAAUGACCCACAAAAACCCAGAAUUACGUAAAACUGGAUCAACUUCUUCAACUUCAAGUAGAAAAUCACCACCAGCUAAACCUAAAAAACCUUCAAGUUUGUCAUUAAAACCAAAACCUGAACCAGUUGUGGAAUUGCGUGAUUCUAAAUGGAUCAUCAAAAACGUUGAAGGUGAUCAUGGUAUUGUUAUUAAUGGUGAAAUUGAUCAAUCUAUUUUUAUUGCAGAUUCUAAAGAUGCAACUAUCCAAGUUAAAGGUAAAGUCAAUGCUGUUUCUAUCAGUUCAACUACCAAAGUUGGUUUAGUUGUUGAAUCAUUAAUCUCUGGUAUUGAUGUUAUCAAUUCUAAGAAAUUCGGUAUUCAAGUCUUGGAUAAAGUUCCUCAAAUUUCAGUCGAUAAAAGUGAUGAAGGUCAAAUUUAUUUGAGUAGAUCAUCUUUAGAAACUGAGGUCUAUACAAGUUCAACCACCGCUUUGAACAUCAAUGUUCCAGAUGAUGCCAAUGAUGAUUUUAAGGAAAUAUCAGUCCCAGAACAAUUCAAACACACAUUCACAAGUGGUAAAAUUUCAAGUACAAUUGUGGAACAUGCUGGUUGA